AUGGAGAGCGACUCAUCCUUAGAAGACUCAUAUCUCAAAAAAGGCAUCGAUUUUUAUCACCAUCAUCUUCUCAGUUCUGUGUUCAGCAGGUAACUAAUAUUCAGCUUCAAGAUAGCUUGUGGCUUUUCUCAAAAUAAAAAAAAUCUCAAAAACAUUGCAAAUCAGUUUUAUCAAACCGCGCUUAAAACAUGAGGAUUCAAAGCACUGAGGGACAAUCGAAAUAAAUUAAUUGGGUUUUAUAAGCUUGGCUGGGUUCUUACUAAAAAAGUCAAAGAAAGCUUAGCUUGGGGACUAGAACACAUGAAGCCUUUACAGAUAAUUUUAGAAGAGAGCAAAGAAUUUAGUUUUAUGGGCGACGAUGCUCAAAACGCAAAGCUAAACGACAAUUUUGACGCUUUUCUCGACAAAGAGCCUGAUUUUGGAAGAGAUAGUGAUAUAAAAGAAGAAAAGCCUCGGAAAAUUUCCAAUUAUAUGCUUUCUGUAUUAAAAUCGGCUUUAAAAGAUCCAUAUAGAAGAAUCCUGCAUUGGAGCUUUAACGGGCUUAAAAAAGUAGAAAAGCCUAAAGAAAUUGACUCAGAUCUCGAAAAUUUGUCAACUCCAAGAAGCAUUUACAGAACUAUUGACAAACCACUUAAGUCUGAAACCCCACCAAUGAAAUAUCAUGCGAUAGAUGUGACAGUAAAAUCUGAAGCUUUAUCUCAAAGAAUUAAUUCACUAAUGGAAAGAAUCCAAUCAAAAGAUUUUUCUCCUGAAAAUUAUGCAAGCUUAGAAACUCCCACUAGUGUCAAAUCAUCUAAAGUAAACUUAUAUAUCCCAAGUACAAGCUCUCCAGGAUCCCCACUGUCAACUAUGACUAUGGGAGCUUUGGAUACAGACCGAACUUCACAAAUUUUAUCAAAAAGAAGCGAAAAAAUCCAAGAAGAGCUGGAGUCUAUGGACAAUUUUGAAUAUGCGUGAAAACUGUUUAAAGCGUGGAAAAAUUAUGUAAUGAAGAAAAAAAUCAGGAAGCUGAAGCUGGAUAUUGCAGAAAGAAAUAUUUUUAUUAGAAGGUGUAGGCUUGCAUUUAAAGCGAUAUCUGAGAUAUCAAAAAAACAGAUAAGAAAGAAAAAUAAAAAUAAGCUGGCGUUAGGGUGUUAUGCGCAGACACUUUUGAAGACUGCUAUAAGGAAAUUAAAAGAAGGGACCAGAAAAACGGCUGAAAGAUAUUGCCAUAGGCUGAAAUCACAAAGAAAUUUUAUGAAAAAAUGCCUGAGUUCUUGAAAUUUUGUGGCGAAAAAAAUGAUUUUAAAUAAAGAAAAAAUUGAAAAAAUGAAUAGAAAAAUCAAUAAAAGAAUUAAAGUUAGAUUUUUCCAUUAUUUGGCAAUAGUGACCAAGCUGAUCAAUAUGGAAAACCAGCAAAAUGAUUUAGCGCUGAUAUUCUGGCAUGAUAGAAUUUUAAAUUGGACUUUUAAAUGGCUUAGAGAAGCUGUAAAAAUUUCUAAAAAAGAGAUCAUCAAUGAAGAAAUAGCCACAACUUUUUCAAACGCUCAUUUAAAGAGAAAAUAUUUUUUCUCUCUUAAAGAAAAUACAGAAGAAAUUAAAAAAAAUCGGAGCAGGAUUCAGAUUAAUUUGUAUUAUAAAUUGAAGAACACUGGAGAAGCAAGGAUAAAUAAUGCUUUUGGGGCUUGGGUUAAGUUUAUAGAUCAUUUGAAGACAAUUGAUGCGAAUUUAUUAAAAUUACAAAAAAAUAAGCAUAGGUGUGCUUUGGAUAUGGCUGAUAAUUUUUAUAAUCAAAAAGAAAUGCAUAAAGCGCUGCAGUGGCUGCAGAUCAAUGCAGCUAGCAGUAAAGAGCAAAAGAGAAAAAAGGAAGAAAGAUUGAAAAAUAUUAUAAAAGAACUGACAAUUCCAAAAUGCAAAAGGAUUUUGUAUUCCUGGAUGAAAAUUUUUUUAUUUUGACUGGGUCUACAGCUCUAUCUGGCAGUCCAACUCUGGGGAUCUGUUCUAAGUUUAUUUAUUAUUAAAGUCUUAUAAUAGUAUAUAAAAGCCAAAAAUUCAAAUAAAUCAAACAGACUCGGACAACCAAAUAGGCCUAUAGACCCAGGGCUACAAAAAAUUUUUUUCACCUGGAAAAACAGCAAAAAAUCUUCAGCAAUCGCAAUUUUUCACAACAAAUCCCGCCUAAACAGAAAAAUAUUUAACAUCUUAAAAACAAAUGUAGAAAACAACCACUCACGGAAAUACCAAAAAGCAUUAAAGCACUUAAAAGGAAGAAUAUGAGAUGCAUGAAUCUCUUACAUCCUCAAAAAGAAAGAGUCAUUAAAAGAAGAAAAAAAACUCGAAAAAAAGGCUGAUGCAUUUUUAGAAGAUCUUCAAUUAAUUAGAGGUAUGAGAAGGCUUAAAAAAUUUUUAGCUCACAGAAAAAUAGAAAAACUAGGAGCUGAAGCAAACAAGAAAUUAUUGAUUAAAAAAGGACUCAGAAGGUGGAAAGGCUACUAUGAAAGAUAUUUGAAACUGAUGAGAAAAGCAAGGACAUUUAGACUGAAAAAAAUAGAAGAUGAAGAAAGAUUGUGCUUGACUCGGCUGAAUUAUAACUGCAAAAUAAAGUCUUGGAAAAUUAGAGCUGAAAAUAGACUUUUCUUUUAUUGGGAUAGGAAAACAAGCAGGAUGCUGAAUUCUUGGAAAAUGAUUUCAAUGAGAAAUAAAGCACACCGGCUGAUAGUAUCAGAGCACAGGCAUAUAUCGUUAAUAAAAAAGUCAUUGCAAGCUUGGCAUUUAAAUAAACAAAUAAAUAUUUACAAAGCUCAAAAAAAUCAAUUAGCAGAUAUGCAUACUGAUUUUAUUUUGAAAACUAAAGGAUUUGCAGGGAUUCAAAUUUUUACUAAAAAUAAAAAAGAAAAGAAAGUGAAUAUAAAGAAAGCACUUGAGUUUUAUUAUUACAAAACUGUUUCUAAAGCGCUCCAUAGUAUAAAAUUCGUUAAAAAUGUUGUGAGGACGAAGAAAGAAAAACUUUAUGGAAUUUUCGACAAAUAUUUGAGGUAUUAUGGCCUUAGAAAAUGCACAAAUGUAGAUCCGAUAUUUUCAGCAUUUUUUGCUUGGAAAAUAGCACCGCGUCAAAAACCUUUGCCAAAGCAUCAAAUUUGACAAUAUUCCAAUACUCAGCAGCAGAAAUUUAAAAAGACUCCUUCUUACUUAAGGUCUUUGUUUAUAAAAUGGCUCAGUAUGAGUACUAUAAAUUCAAUGUCUGCAAAUUCAAAAGCUCUUGCAUUAUCAAAGAAAUUGCUAAUCUUCCCUUUGGGUAGCAAGCAAAACAAAAAAAUUAGUACUAUGGCAAGAUAAAAAUAUUUUUAAUAUACUUUUUCAGUAAAAUAUUUUGAUAAUAGAUAAUAAUCCAGUGAAUCUAUUGUAUUUAAAUAGCUUGCAUCCUUAAGUAUUAAUUUUAAGAAUUAAAUUACAAUUUCAUUUCAAAUAUUUUUAUCUAUAUUUUUGUAAACCUAAAAAAAAUUAUUUUAAAAAAAUCAACAAGCAAAAUUAUUUCUCAGGGCAGGGACUUAAGCAAAAAAUUUUUGGGAAAAUGGAAAUCUCUAGUUAAAUACAGUAAAAUCAGAAGGAAGACAUUAAGAGUAGCUAUGAUGUUUAGAAGAUUAAAAUUAAAGCAAAAAGUAUUUAAUGGGCUUAGAAAAGGGAAAAAAGCCAAAAAAGUUAGGUGGAAUAGCACUCUUAUGUAG